AAAAAAAUCAUUUGAACUUGUCACUUUAUUCAGCUCACUACACUUUCGUGAUGGCGCUAACUGAAUUAUGUUACAAAAUAUCUUUUUUCUUUUUUCUAUUCAUUGUAAAGCAAAUAUGGAAUGUGUUGUACACUUUUUGGAUAGGACCGUCGCGUAAUAAAAUAGAUAUUAGAUCGUAUGGACAGUGGGCUUUGGUCACUGGUUGUACCGAUGGAAUCGGGAAGGAAUAUGCCAGACAGUUGGCUGACCGCGGUUGUGAUAUUAUUCUAGUCAGUCGUUCUUUGGAUAAAUUAAAAAAGGUCGCCAGUGAAAUAGAAAAAGAUUACAAUGUGCAGACCAAAGUAAUACAAAUUGACUUCACUGGAGACGAAUCAAUUUAUGAUAAACUGGAGAAAGAAAUACAAGGGCUUGAAAUCGGUACAUUGGUAAACAAUGUUGGUUUAGCGUACCCCUACCUGGAAUACUUUUUGGAUCUACCCGAUUGGAAAAAGCUAAUGAGAGACCUGGUUAACGUAAACGUUGUAUCUACGAUUCGCGUAACUGGUCUGGUGUUGCCAGAAAUGGUGAAACGUGGCAAAGGCAUAGUCAUCAAUCUGGGGUCAGCCUCAGCUAACUUGCAAUCGCCACUCCUCGUUGUAUACUCUGCUGCUAAGGCAUUCGUUGUGAAGUUCACAGACGGACUAAGAUACGAAUAUGCGAACAAAGGGAUAAUAAUACAAUGUUUAUCACCAAGCUUGAUCGCCACUAAUAUGACAGGCGUUGAGAGCCCCAAUUUCGUUGUCCCACCCCCUGAAAAGUAUGUGGCAUCUGCACUAAGCUUGCUUGGAUCCACCCAUAGAAGUACUGGAUAUUUCCCACAUUCUUGCCUGAUGUGGGUAUACAAAACAGUCGAAUUUUUGUCAGAAGAUUUUGGAGCGUGGGCGUGUAGAACAGCUUCUGAAUUCGGCCAAGUACUUAUGCUCAAACAGCAAGGACGAAUAAAGACACAAUAGAAAUGACAAUAAGAACGACAUUUUGAAUUAAUAAUUUUGAUAUUGGAACAGCUUACCUUAUAUGAAUUAUUAAAAUACAUAAUUAUGUUAUAUUUAU